UGUAACAGAGUAAAUAUAACACGAACUUGUGUACUGGAACAACAUUAUAAGGACAAGGAGAUUAGAUACAAUAGGGAUGAAAUAGAGUGCUAGAAUGGCAUUGAACUUGGAAACGGAAGUUUUAUUCAAGAGAGGCACAAAGAGUAGAAAUGGUUAUACACAAACUAAUGGAUCGUUGCUUGUUCCUGUCGACAGUCACAUCGACAGGGAACUUCUCGUUUCGUCUGAUUUCACUCUUGACGGAAAUAUACCUCUUGCAACAGAAAAUCAUUCUCACAGAAACCUCCGGAGCUCAUCAGACAGUCAGUGCAAUGGCCGAUUUCGAGCGUCAUCCGGGGGAACUGGUAAUGAAACCGACGACGAGUAUUAUACAGACGAAGAAGACGAAGUGUUUAUAAAUGGAGGGAUACAUAUUGAUAAUUACUCUAAACCUUUAAUGUAUCCCCGUAAUAGACCCAAACUAAAGAAAUAUGCUAAAUAUCAUUGCGACAAUUGUACCUGUAGGAAUAGGAAAAAUAUCAAGCCUGUGAUCUGUUGUUUCUGUUUGAUUGCAUCCAUUGGAUGUAUGAUCACGUUACUUGUCUUUUAUUUUAAUGAUACAAACGAUAUAAAGAGUGAGAACUUAAACAUAAAGACAUCUAAAACAGAUAGUUUAAGAUAUAAUUUGGUAGGGUGUAAUAACAUUAAAGUUGAAGACGUGUGGACUGUUGGUCUAUCUAAACUUAAUACAGAAUCCUCGUUUAGAUUAGUGGAUGUUAAUAGUGAUGGAAUAUUGGAUGUUAUCUUUGGAUUUGGCACGGGUGCCGAUGGGUACUUUGUGUCCGAUAUUGUCUGUGAUAUAUAUUUUGGUGUUAAAGCUCCAUGCUUUGGAGGAAUGAUGGCCUUAGACGGUUUAACAGGGAAGGAACUAUGGCGCCAUUAUUCCAUACACGAACUUUUCGGGAUUAAUUGUAAUGAAGAUUUAAACAAUGACGGAAUUCUUGACUGUACUGGAGGCGGAAGAGCUGGGGCAUUUGAUGCUGUCAGUGGGAAAGAUGGAACCUUAUUAUGGACAUUUGACAAACAGGAAGCUAAAAAUGAAAUAAUGAAUUUAUAUACGUCGCAAAUUGUUAAAGACCUUGAUGGAGAUGGUGUUAGAGACAUAUUAGCCAUUCACGGAGGAGAUCCAUUACAGGACCCAGGAAGUAAAUUCCGACUGUCGGGGAGAAUUGUGUUCUUUAGUGGGAAAACUGGAAAAGUACUACAAUGGGUUGGAGUACCCGACGACAAGGAAUCUUAUUAUUCUCCUCAAGUUUAUCAAUUAAUAGACGGAUUAGAAAUAGUUUUAUUUGGAACAGGAGGAGAAACACACGGUGGAUCAUUGUGGUAUAUUUCAUUGGAUAACCUUUACAAAGGAGAAAUUGACAAGGCACAAAAGAUCUAUUCGGAUGAAUUCAAAGGUGUAAUGACACCACCAGUAUUACUCGACCUAACGGGAGAUGGCGUUGAAGAUAUUGUCAUGGCAAUGUUUAAUUCUAGUGUUUUAGCAAUAGAUGGAAUGUCAUUCAAGGUCAUAUGGAAUUACACACAUCCAAUGUCUGAGUCUUAUAAUACGCCUGCGCCUGGUUAUUACAAUGAGGACGAUAUACCAGACUUUAUGAUUAAAUACGCCAAUGGUCCAGGAUUUCCGUUAUACUACUUUUCUGACACUACAAUCUUAGAUGGUAAAACUGGUCUUCCCCUAAUAAACCCGGCUAUGCGUGAUUCUGUUGGAGCUCAAUCAUCUCCACUUGCAAUAAGUGUAGAAGGAUAUGGCAAUGAUGUAUUCUUAUACUGGAUGUCUGAUUGUCUCAAUUUUGAGGGAAAAGGAGGGACAUUUGAAUUUGUAAAAGGAACCAAUGUUCAUGAACAAAGUAGAUCUGAUUUCUGCCGUUUGAGAUAUAAAACCCAAGGAUAUAGCAAGAUAUAUGCCAUAAGCAAGAACACUCCCUCACCUGGGUCGACAGUCUACUAUUCUAUUGACAGGAAAGAACUUGAACAUUCGAAAUGGGUGAAUACUACGCAAGAAGCAUUAAAUUUCCUAAAGAAGCAUCCAGAACACCAGAAAGAUUAUGAGUAUUAUAAACUGAAUUCUGACCUGGACAAAAAAGAAGUAUUUAUAGAUAGGUUUAAGGAUAUAAACAGAUUGAAAAAUGAAGGAAAGAAAGAAUACGUUUAUCAACCGCCUUUACAAACAGACAGCAAUGACGAUUCUAGGGGAAAAUCCAACAAUGAAGGAUUUCAAUAUAAAUAUGAUAGUUUCAAUGACCCUAGGGAUUUCUCUGAUUACGAAGAAGAUGGGGACGUUCUUGGCAAUCGUUAUCCAUCUUUCGGUGAUAUUUAUGACGAUUUAUAUAAAAAACAAAAUUCUGGAUUUGAUAGAAAACAUAGAAAUAAUAAGAAUUCAUACCAUCCACAUAUGAGGAGAAAUAGUAAAACAUAUUCUAAAGAUAAAAAGACACUUUACAAACGUGGCCGAAGACGAAGACAUGUGGGUCCACAUGAUAAUGAAGGACUGCAAAGGCUCUUGUCGACUGGUACAUUGGCGCCUACCACUCUACAUGUCAAUCAUCCCGACUUUAAUCAUUCGAUAGAAUUUAUAUUUGGAACAUACUGGUUUUUUCCCGCGGAUACCCACGUGGUACUUCCGAAAGACAAGGAAUGUAUAUCUAAAAAGUUGUCACAAGAAAAACAAAGGUUUUCUCCAUUAAGUGAAUAUUAUGGUAUGGAUCAUGACGCUUAUGAGCAUGUUAUCACACAAGAAUGCCUAAAAAAGAGUGGAAGAGGACAUGAAGACCAUGAAGACAGAACGUAUGAAAGUCAAACGACAUACAAUCCGUACAAUGUGCAUAUGGGCCAGAUGACUGUUUAUAGGUUGAGAUUGACAUGUUCUUGUGCAAAUUUAACAGAAAGUCAAAUUUGUAGUAGAAUACUUCCGUUUGAUAAACAACAAUGGUAUGCUUAUAUGGGAAAUAAAGGAGACAGUCAUUGGAAACCGAGAGACAUGCAAUCAUAGCUAAUAUCAGUGCCAUCGAUUUGAAUAAAGAUUGAAAUGAAUAAGAUUAAACAUUUUCAAGGUUAUUUUAAUAAGUACAAAAACAGAUUGUCAAAUAAUCUUUAUCAAGAGCGUUUGAACAGGAAGAAUAUAGUUUUUCACCUUCUCAAAUACUAAAAAGAAAAGAAAUGAAUAAAUGCAUGUCACGAAAGUAAUCUAUUUUAAACAAUAAACAGAGAAAAACAGAAGGUCAAUAAAUCUACAAAACUC